CACUUGCCUAAAAGCUUUAUUUUAGCUUCAAAAGCCAUUGAUUUUCCAGCAGCUACGCCCUGUUUGGACCUUCCACUGACCUCUAGUGUCAGAUCGAAGACAAUGGACAAUGAACCAAUGAAAGAAAAAACUGUACUUCCACUCUACCCUUUGCCGCCGUGUAAGGAAAAAUUAAGGGAUUUUGUGAUGAUGGGAGGGAGUUGGAAGAGGGAUUUUGUGAUAGAGGCCAAGAAGCAGUUGUGGAUUGCUUUCCCACUUUUUUUUGCCGCCUUGUUGCAAUUCUUGUUGCAAGUUAUGUCCCUAAUGUUUGUGGGCCGUCUUGGAAAAUCAACCCUUGCCGGCGUUUCCCUAUCCAUUUCUUUUGCGUAUGUCACAGGUUUCACCGUGUUGAUGGGAUUGGCAAGUACGUUGGAUACACUAUGUGGUCAGUCCUUCGGAGCCCAGCAGCUUCAUAUGGUUGGCGUACAUACGCAACGUGCGAUGGUUGUCCUCGUGUCAGCAUGUAUUCUCAUUGCUGCAUUAUGGGCAAACACAGAACGUAUUCUAAUUGUCAUGCAUCAAGAUCAUGAGAUGUCAAGAGUAGCAGGGGUAUAUUCGUAUUACAUGAUCCCGAGCUUAUUUGCAUACGCCAUCCUACAGUGUCUCAUGAAGUUCUUGCAAACCCAAAAUAAUGUAUAUCCGAUGAUGCUCGCCUCCGUGGUGACAACUUUGUGCCACGGUGUUGUAUGUUGGGCAUUAGUUUUAAAAUCUCCCCUGGGAUAUAGAGGAGCCGCAUUGGCAACCUCUAUUUCCUACUGGCUCAACGUAGUGUUCUUGGCUGGCUAUAUAAAAUGCUCUUUGUCUAUCAGAGAAACUUGGACUGGGUUUUCCAAAGAAGCCAUUCAGAACAUUCCUACUUUCCUCAAAGUUGCGGUACCUUCAACAUGUAUGCUAUGCUUAAAAUGUUGGACGUUCGAGAUUGUUCUUAUACUUAGCGGCCUACUUCUUAAUCCCAAGUUAGAGACAUCAGUGAUGUCUAUUUGUCUCAAUACAUCUAGUUUGGUAUGGAUGCUUCCAUUCGGCCUUAGCGCUGCAAUCAGCACUCGAGUCUCAAAUGAACUCGGAGCAAACCAACCCAAUGCUGCAAAAUUAGCCACUCAAGUGGUCAUGUUCAUGGUCUUGGCACAAGGCAUUCUUGUUGCAACAGCCAUGAUUUCACUGCGCAACCUCUGGGGCCAUGUCUAUACCGGAGAAAAGGAUGUCAUAAGACACGUAGCCAACAUGAUGCCACUACUUGCAGUUGCUAGUUUCCUCGAUGGAAUUCAGAGCGUGCUCUCGGGCAUUGCUAGAGGAAGUGGAUGGCAGAAAAUCGGCUCAAUAAUCAAUCUUGGUUCAUACUAUAUACUAGGUGUUCCAUGUGCCGUUGUUCUUGGAUUCGUUUUCCACCUUAAGAGCAAGGGUCUAUGGAUUGGCGUUAUAUCCGCAUUUGCAGUACAAGUCAUUAGUUUUCUUAUAUUGACAAUUCGCACGAAUUGGGAACAAGAGGCUAAGAAGGCUGUGAUUAGAGUUCAAAAUCAAAGGACGGUUGUGGAAGGCUCCAAUGAUGUUGUCACAGAGAAUCCAGUAUAAUUAAUAUGCCAUGGGAUUGCAAAGAAGAUUGAUUGAGUCGAAUAGAGUGAGCUAGAAUGUGGGUAAAUGAGUAAUCGUUUAUACUACUUCUUUGGUCCCUAAAUAAUCGUCCUCUUUACUAUUUGAGGCUUUCGAUAAAUUUUAUUUGCAUACUUGUUUUCAUUGAUAAAAUAAAACAAGCAUUUCACCACUUGUUUUGUAAAACUUUUGAUGUAUUUUUUAAAUAUGUAAGUUAAAUCAAUUUGUAAGUAAAAUCAAUUUUAAAAACAUGAGAUUUUGUACGUUGUUCGAAACAGGACGAUAAUUUUGGGACGGAGGGAGUAAGGAUAUCUAUCCAAAUAGGGCUUAACCAUUAAAUUUAGACAAAAGUA